AUGCCUAUCUGUCAAGGCCAAGGAUCAAGUCGCGGUGCGUGGUCACCGGCCAUGGCCAGAACGCUCGAGGGAACUCCUCAACAGGCGCUCAACCAUACUGCACGACAGAUAAGUGGGCAACAUGAUCAGGAGAUCAUGGCAAGAGAGCGCCAGAUGAUUUUCCUGCAAAACUCACUGCAUGCCUACCCUGGCUGGCGUCCCUCGGUCCAAGCUCCCCCACCCGACAGCAGCGACCACCUCACAGAAAAUCCGAAUCCGUUUGGCGAUAACAGGAGUUUCCUUCACCCAGAAAUGUAUUUCGAGGCGAGGGGACCCGGUCGCGAUGAUCAGCUCCUGCUCGCGAUGGGACAUACCCCCCAUCACCAAGUUUCGCAGCACUUGUCAACACCAGAGUCAUUUCCUAGGCAAGUUGAGAUCCACUAUAUCGCGAAUAUCGGUUGGCUAACUGUGUAUGAUCUUCAGCUCAAACUCGGAAGGAUCUCAUGUUGGUGA